AUGUCAGACGAACAGCACAUUGAUGCCGCCCUCGACGGUCUCCACCUCGAAAACAACAACGAAGAUGCCCCUCCUCGCACCGAUGACGAAUAUGCCCUUGCUCAGCUUACUCUGAGAGCUAUCGUCUCCUCUAAGGAAGCAGGCGUCAUCAUUGGAAAAGCUGGCCAAAACGUCGCCGAGCUCCGCGACAAGACUGGUGUCCGCGCCGGCGUCAGCAAGGUCGUCCCUGGUGUUCACGACCGCGUCCUGACUGUCCUCGGCCCCUUGGAUGCCGUCGCUUCCGCCUACGGUCACGUUGCCGAUGGCUUGCUCAAGGGCGUUCCCCAGCUCGGCAUGGGCGGUGUUGCCUCUAACCCCAACACUCACCGUACGUCGCAUUACUCCCUCUCCACCUCCCCUACUAAUCCCCGUCUAGCUGUCCGCCUCCUCAUCUCGCACAACCAGAUGGGUACCAUCAUCGGUCGCCAAGGUCUCAAGAUCAAGCAAAUCCAGGACGCUUCUGGUGUUCGUAUGGUCGCCCAAAAGGAAAUGCUCCCCCAGUCAACCGAGCGCAUUGUUGAAAUUCAAGGCACACCUGACGGUAUCCAGAAGGCUGUUUGGGAGAUUGGCAAGUGCCUGGUCGACGACGAACAGCGUGGCUACGGUACUAUCCUCUACAAUCCUGCCGUCAGAGUCUCUGGUGGUGCUGGUGGUGCCCCUGCUAGCAACGGCUCUUCGUACCCCUCUGGUGGCCGCUCCUACAACCGCACUGGCAACGGCACUGACUUCAGCGAUGCCCCUGCCGCCUACACCCGCCGCGACUCUGCUCCCCGCGCUCCCGCACCUAUCGCUGCCGAAGAUGAUGAGGACAUUCAAACCCAGAACAUCAGCAUUCCUGCCGACAUGGUUGGUUGCAUCAUCGGUCGCGGAGGUAGCAAGAUCUCCGAGAUCCGCAAGAGUUCCGGCGCUCGUAUCUCCAUUGCUAAGGCCNCCCACGACGAAUCUGGCGAAAGGAUGUUCACUAUUACUGGAUCCUCGAGUGCCAACGAGAAGGCCCUUNACCUGCUUUACGAGAACCUCGAAGCCGAGAAGAUGAGAAGAAGCCAGAUGCCUCCUCAGGAUGCUUAG